AUGUGGUUAGCCCGCGGCGUACAGUCCGCCAUAUUCUACUAUGCCACAUGCACUCCCUGUGCCGCUGCAGAGGAUCGACGUCGCCGGAAGAAGGAGGCUAUACGGACCCAGCGGGAACAGGCCAAGUCCGCCGUGAUAGUUACCGAUCAGCCACGAUUAUUCCCUCAGCCGACGCCGUUCAGUACGAAUGUGGGAUGGAUGGAGGAGAUUGCAUUGGGACCGGGUCCGCCGGCUCGUCGACAUCGCGCCAGGAAUUGUCAGAACGAUGGAUUACCUAGGUUAUCGUCCACGUCGAGUAUGACCGUUGAAGGCUCUGUGUUAUCGGGAGGGAGAGAAAAGGUAACAUCUUUGAGCGAGAAAUUACAUUGGUCGCGCUUCCAGCGAGAGGAUGAAAUACUUUGGGGCGAAGAAGAGGAUAAUACCGUCCAGGGCUCGUCGGUUGGUAUUUCCGGCCGUGCUCGCGCUGGAACGGGGCAUUCGAAUAAAUAUUACAUUGCGAGAGCACCCCCCGUGAACGAUUUGCAUCCGCCCAUAGUGAGCGGUCCGACGAGUCGUGCCGAGACACGAUGGAUGUUACAGCCGCCCCCUAGUGCCAAGGUCAUGGCCGGGAAGGCCAGGCACGAUGUUUCACGUGAAAGUCGAGGUUCGAGCAUAAGAAGACGAAGUCGUAUUGACAUGAAGAUCAAGGAGUCCGAUGAAGAAGAGGAGAUGAUCCAGGAGGGGCAGCUGAGUUCCAUCACGGAUCGGCCUGACUGGUUGAUAAGAAAAGCGACCAAUUCAUAUCGUCGAACAGGCGAUAAGAAGAGUCGGCCUACAAUGCUUGAGAUUGAUACGAAACUGUCCCCGGGAAAAGUUGACGGGAACUACGGCAGUCUACAACCGCCCCCUACAGCAGCCACAACAGAAACAGGACGAUCAACAUCCAUGACCAACGUUCGUGCAUAUGACGAAUGGCAUCUCCAAUUAUCACCUUCCUUUGACUCCCGGUCUAGUUCGCCAUCGAGCAUGGGGUCGCCGGACGACUCGCUCCAUUGGCCGGACACGCCGUAUUCACGACCUGAUUCCAAACGCACGGCAACAGAUCCCGGCAAAGUGUUUCAUCCAUCGUAUCUCAAUCUAGCGGCUUCCGCGAAUCGAGACGAGAAUAAAAGUAUUGAAGCUAUACAUCUUGAAGUGAAUGAGCCGAGAUCGAGAGAACAGAUGCAGCCAUUGAAAUGGCGAUGGAGUUUUGAUAUUUAGCCUUCUCCCCCCUCCCUGGGGCAACAUACCCCUUCCAACAUACCACGAACACCUCUUGUACAGUAAUCCACCAUCCUUAUUGCAUUCUCUUUUCUAGCAUCAUUGCAUAACCGUCUCUCGACAUCCUUUCAUUCAACCACUUUUUUUUUCCCUUGGCAAAACAUACAAACGGCGUAUAUUCCUUUUCUUCUUGUUUAUUGAAUUUGAACUGCUUCCUGGAAGGUUGUGGAAGAGCUGUGUUCUCCAUGACUUGUGUCUUCGUUUCGCUUUUGGUUUAUCAUUAGCCAGGUUAUAUGGUU